UGGAAAACUGCCUUACAAAAACUGAAGUUGUUUUGUUCAUCACGCCAUUGCUUUUCUAGCCUCACGAAGGCUUUGGUGGAUACUCCAGGAGUUAAACUCUGUUCUCCAUGGAAUGGGUUUAGGUCAUCAUCUUAUUUUUCUUCAAGAAAAGGGAGGGUUUCUGAGCAUGGCUCAGGUCCAGCCUUUUCAAUAAUAUUUGGUAGACUGGGAGAUGCACAGAAAUCAGCUUUUUUGUACAAUGUAGCUUUUUGGGCACAGAAGCUUGUGCAGCUUCUCAGCAGCUGCGCAUAGUGUCAUGUUGACAUCUGUAAUACUGGACAAACACCAAGGCAGCAACUGUUGGAGCAAGAAUGGGUCAGCUGUGUGGACGGUGCAUGCAGCUACUGUGUGACUUCGUGGCCUUCGUUCAGAGGAUGACCUCAGAGCUGGUGCACAGCAUUAAGGAAUGCUUAGCUGUGAUAAGCAAGUGCUCCUGCUUGAAACAGAAUGGCUCAAAAACCAGGCAGCUGUACAAGCCCAUCCUGCAGCCUCAUGAGCGGGUGACAGCACAGGAAUUUCUGCAGCAAAUUGAAAGAGGUUUUGAAAUGUCACCACUUGGAAAGGACCCUCUGGAAGCCUUGAGGAUCUUAGCUUUUUCAGAAAACCCAGGUCUACAGCAGUCUGCUGCUCUCUAUUAUUUGCAUAUGAGCCAACACAUGAAUGUUCCCCUGCCAGCAGAGCAUCUGGAGCCCUUCUAUGCCUUAUUACGGUCUGCUGACCUGGAGGUGCAGCAGAUGUCUUCCUUGUCCCUUGUCAACUUUUUGCUAGAAGGAAAUAUUGACAAAGAAACGGUUGUCCAAAUGGGUUUACUUGAGCCAAUUCUGGAUCUGCUUGAGUCAGAGGAUCCCACUGUCCAGUGUAAUUCCUGCGCCUGUACCAUGACUUUGGCUGUUUCAGAAUCCAACCGAGAGGCUAUUGGCGCUGCUCGAGGAAUUACACCUCUACUGUCUCUUGCCAAUUCCUAUGAUCCUAGAGUACAACAAAAUGCAGUUGGUGCUAUUCUCAACCUUACACAAUCAGAGAGGAUCCAACUGGUCCUGUGCAAGGAAGGAGCCCUGCCAGUUCUCACCUUGCUGCUGGAGUCCCCUGACUCAGAAGUGCAGUAUUAUAGCUGUGCUGCCCUAAGCAACAUAGCAGCCAACACUCAGCACCAUGAGGCCAUGCUGAGAAUUGGUGACAGAUUCCUGCUGCGCACGCUCAUCUCUCUUCUGUCCUCCUCUGUGGACAAGGUUUCAAGCCAGGCAUGUGUUUGCCUAAGAAAUCUGGCUACCAGGGCGGACACGCAGGCCGAGCUGGUUGCUGAGGAUGUCCUGCCCAGGCUGUGCUCUCUCCUGGCGUCCAGCAGCAAGGACGUGUGUCACGCAGCUGUUGCUCUGCUCUGGGUGCUGUCCCAGUACCCACACAAUCAGGAUGCUCUGGUGUGCACUGAGCUACUGCAGAGCCUGGGGAUGCUCCUGUCAGUGCACACAACAGACCCUGUGAUUGCUGGCCACGCUGCUUGCAUCAUCAAAAACCUGAACCUUUCCAAGUACGGACAGAGAAUCAUUGAGAGCCCAUGUGUUGAAGGUCUCCUCCAGACCAUGCUUUCUAUUGACAUUCAAGAAGAUUCUCUUCUUUAUGUGUUAUCUUGCCUUGCUGAGCUGGCAAAGCAAGAAGGAGCCACGUUACGCAUGGUCAAAUGGAUGGAUGAACCCUUGACAAAGCGCUUGGUGAGACUGGCUGGCCAACGGGAACAUACCGAGCCAUCCUUUCAAGCUGCCUCCAUCAUCCAGCACUUGAUAGAUCACGAAAAGAUGAUGCUUUUGUUGAAGUGUCACAUCAGAGAGAUUCAGGCCUACCUCAGGAAUUUUCUUACCCACCGAGAGGUUCGCUUCCAGCAGGUGGCCAUUUCCACAUUCUGCAGACUGCAAGCAGAUCCAGAAUUCUCAUCAGCAUUCAGGAAAAGCCAAAUGGCCAAACUCCUCCAGCAAGUCCGUCAACAGACAGAAGAAACCCAAGAGCUCCUUAGGGCAGCUAUUUGCCAUGCAGACAGUUAGUAUUUAAGCCGGAUAGCUUACAAACUUACCAGAUCCAAGAGCCUGAACUUUCAGAGAUGACUGUCCUUAUUAGUUCCUGUAGCUUAACUGCUCCUGUUACUUGCAGUUUCCUGGUACGAACAUGGUGCACAGCACCUUUAUAAAACAGAGAUGUUCCAAUAACAAGAACAAGACCAGGUCAAAAGACAAACACAACGUAGCAGCUGCCAUGAAAGACUUGUGAGAUGCAUAUAUGAAGACAGAAAUCUAUACUCUGCAAAUGGCACAUUAUUUCCAUAGGUACUUGCAAAAGGGAAAGUGAACACAUUUGGCAAAAUUAUAAAUUGAUCUUAUAUUCUUAUAAUUCAUUUUAAAAGAAGUUAAGAGGACCAAAGCACGUAAUAGUAUGUUUAGCUCUGAAUUCAACUGUGUUGAAUGUGUAUGCAGGUUCAGACCGGCCCCCCCUUCCCUCUUGUCCAGGGGCAGUGAAUCUGUCUCCUGGAUCUUCUUGCCAAUCAGAGAAGUAUUUUUCAGAAAACAAACAAACAAAAACAAACAACAACACUGUAGUCCAGAGCCUUGAACUUAUGGGGCACUGUUUUUUUUUUGUUUGUUUUGUUGUUGUUGUUGUUGUUUGUUUUGUAUUUUAAUGUUGCUUUUAAUUUCUAGGAGAAAGGUAAUCUAAUAAUAGUCGUCUACUACUACUAAUAAUUCAACAGUAAUUAAUUCCUCUUUUAAUCAAUACACUUCUUUUUUAAAUUCAAGAAGCUGGCUGGAGCCUCUUGUUGGACAGGCUGGAAUACUGAAGUUUUAGGACAAUUCAUUUGGCAAAUAUCUGCUCCUAGAUUGCACAGUUUCUUACAAAAAAUAAAAAAGAUGUACAGCUUUAGAAUUGCUACUGGCUACAGACAUGGAAUACAAACUGAGGGAGAUGUAGAAAAAGAUCUGCCAACGUUAGUGUCCUCUCUCUGUUUUUCUCAGCUAUUUAAUUGCAAAAGUUACUUCAGUGCCUUCACAAGAAACACAGUCCAGUUGCUGUGAAAGGUCACUCCCUGCUCCACACCUUCAGAAAAGCUGUAACUUCUACAACUGCUGAUUCUACCUCACUGAACUGUUGUCUCUGAAAGCACAGAUAACAAAACAGAUGCAAUAGCAGGCAAAAAAGCUGGCAUUCAUUUUAUACUGUACUUAUUACUGAUAAUAAUAUUCAAAUCCCCCAGCAUUUAAAGAAGACUUACAAAAACCCAAGACUUAACUUUUUUUUUUUCAUAUGUUUGGACUCUCACACCUACAUCUACACCCAUUCCUUAGACUUUAGUGUGCGUGUUGGGUCCUUGAAAGAGAGCACUUAUUUUCCCCUUUUAUUUGAAGCAAGCCUGGAAUGAAUAUAAUUAUGCAUUGUUUUAUUUGCAGUCCAGCGCAAAAACCACAAGAGAAAUGAAGUAAGCUCUUCAUCUUUGUGCUUCAAACAGCAAAGCGAGUGUCCUGAUACCUCAUAAAAAUAAUUGAGAUCAAUACAGCUUAUGCCUGAGCCUAAAUGAAUCCUCAGACAAAAAAAAAAAAACGAAGCUAUAUCUUACUGGCUACAUCUUUUUUUUGUUCAUAGCUGUAAGCAAUCCUGUACUGAUUUUUCAGUAAAGCGAUCACAGGAAAACUAAAGAGAGGUUUUACGCGUACCAGGAACAUGAAGGAGAAUUUUCCAUCACAGAUUGACUCCUGCUUCAACAAUGCGAGAAAAUCAAAAUAGAAAUAGAAAUAUUUCAAACAAGUUUUAUUUGGUACUCACAUGCUAUAAAGGUUUAGAGGAAAACUACAUAUUUUGGACACUUUAAAGUAUUGUGGCUAUGUACAUGGGAAAUUAAAGAAAGCAAGAAUGGAACCCAAUUAA